GUCAUAACAAAUCAAUCAAAUGCCUUUUGCCUGAAAAUCCGCUUUUAUCGCUUCUCUCUCUCCUUUCUCUCUUUAGAUUUUCUUCUCUUUCGCAGAAAAAUCUCUGCACUUUCUCUCUCUAGGGUUUCUUCUUUUGUAUUUACCGAUCUACUUCAGUUUCACGCCCCUCAAUGUCUUCAAUGGGUUGGAAUUGAAGAUUCUAGAAAUGCUGGAACAAAGAGCACUGAAAUGAGCCAGACAGAGGUAUCAGAAAUGAAGCAGAAGCAACCACCUGUUCCACUCGGGACUCUGAUUGGUCGUGAGCUGAGGAACCUUAAGGUUGAGAAGCCCACUGUGAAGUAUGGGCAGGCUGCUCUGGCUAAGAAAGGGGAGGAUUAUUUCCUGAUCCAGCCGGAUUGCCAAAGGGUUCCGGGAAAUCCUUCAACCUCAUUUUCACUUUUUGCGAUUUUUGAUGGCCAUAAUGGUAUCACGGCUGCUAUAUUUGCAAAAGAGAAUUUAUUGAACAAUGUAUUGAGUGCAAUUCCGCAAGGGCUUGGAAGGGAAGAGUGGCUUCAAGCUUUGCCUCGAGCAUUAGUUGCAGGGUUUGUGAAAACUGAUAUAGAGUUUCAGCGCAAAGGUGAAACUUCUGGAACAACAGUUACUUUUGUCGUGAUUGAUGGUUGGACUGUGACCGUUGCAUCUGUUGGAGAUUCUCGUUGCAUAUUGGACACACGAGGGGGUGUUGUUUCUCUCUUAACCGUUGACCAUCGGCUGGAAGAGAAUGUGGAAGAACGUGAGCGUGUAACUGCAAGUGGUGGCGAAGUAGGAAGGCUCAACAUUUUUGGAGGGAAUGAGGUUGGUCCAUUACGUUGCUGGCCUGGUGGAUUGUGCCUUUCAAGAUCAAUUGGCGACACAGAUGUUGGGGAGUUCAUCGUCCCAAUACCUCACGUUAAGCAAGUGAAGCUUUCGAAUGCUGGGGGAAGACUUAUAAUUGCCUCCGAUGGUAUAUGGGAUGCUUUAUCAUCUGAUAUGGCUGCCCAAUGUUGCCGAGGUUUGCCUUCGGAAAUUGCUGCCAAAUUGGUGGUUAAGGAGGCUCUUAGGUCACGAGGUUUGAAGGAUGACACAACCUGCUUGGUUGUAGAUAUUAUUCCUUAUGACCAUCUUGUCAUUCCCCCAACACCUAAGAAGAAACAUAAUUCGUUUACUUCUCGUAUAUUUGGGAAACGAUCACAAAAUUCUACUAGAGGAACUAAUAAGCUAUCUGCAGUUGGAGUUGUGGAGGAAUUGUUUGAAGAGGGAUCUGCGAUGCUUUCAGAGAGGCUGGGUAAGGAUUUCCCUCUGGACACGAAUUCUGGGUUCUUUAGAUGUGCUAUUUGCCAAGUGGAUCAGCCCCCUAGCGAGGGCUUAUCUGUAAACUCGGGCCCAUUUACCUCACCUGCAUCAAAGCCAAAGGAAGGUCCUUUCCUCUGUGCAAGCUGUCGUAGGAAGAAAGAUGCAAUGGAAGGGAAAAUGGCAAAUAGACCUGCAGUAAUUGCAUAAUCUGGUAAUAGUAGUAAAUACUGAUAUAUUUUUAUGUGGCCGCAUGUGCAUGCUUGGUUUUCCAUAGGCGUGUGUAUUGGUAGAUGUUUUAGAGAGCAGUUGUCCAUUUUGUGCUCGGCCAUUUGACUGACUGACCAAGUACAGACAUGCUAAUACAUGAGUGCGUGAUAAUUUGAUUUGCUAACAGCUUGAAUAUGUAAGUAAAGAAACGAUGAUACUGUGGUGCGUUAUUCUUUAUAUUUUGAUUGUUAUGGCUUGCAAUUAUAUGUACUCUCAUUAAGUC